AGGAGUUCAGAUGUCCCUCAAGAGGGAAGUGAGCUCAAUCGAUGAGCGUUCAGGUGCACCAUAAUACGCAGCCAUAUAUCGCUGCAAAGAUUGUUGCGCUCGCCUGCACGAACACUAUAGCAUUAUUACUUGCCAUACAUGAAAAAAGUACAGAAGCAGGCUACUUAGCUAACCUGGCGCAGCUCGUGUUCUGCGGCCCGCAUUCCAACCCAUCGUCAGAGCAACCGUAAAGGUUGAACGCUAGCGAUUUGGUCGAGGUAGAGUCUUUCACCGGCGUUCGAAUAGCUCGCCGCCUUCAGUCCAGCCGGGCGCAGGAGAGGACACAUUGAUCUAUGAUCUAGAUUUGAGGAUUUGAAGAGGGA